AUGUUAACAGUUUAUGCUUCCAGAGCUAUUCUAAACUGCCAUUUAUACCAAGACUCAGCUACCACGCAACAAGCAUACAAAAUCAAUAAUGUUAAUUUUGUAAAUUUCAAUCCUACUUCUCCUAAACCAAAUGGAAGUUACCGUACCAACAUAUUCCAUAGUUCAUCUUUCGCUUGGAUAUGUGAAAAGCAACACAAGAGCGUUCAUUAUAUAUCCCAUCAUAAGUGGCUGCAGUGUGGGUUACAUGAUUCAAUUUCAUCCAAUGAUGAUGACUACCGUUCUUCCCGCAACAUAGCCAUCACCUUGUUUAAGCGUUACAGGAAUUUUGCUGAUCGCGGGGGAGGUGACAAUCUUAAAGAGUUCAUCACUGCUGGGGUGAAUGCAUAUGAACUUGGGUGCACUGAUGAAGGAUUAAGGAAAGAGCUUACUGACAUGAAGAACUCUGGCAUUGAGAUUGAAGCAAUGCAGAGAUAUGGUGGAAACACAAGCUUGAAAUCUAAAAUUAUCUCCGACGAGAUUGACGAAUGCAUUCUGUGGUUAAGCAUUAUAUUUAUCACAAUCUUGUGUACACCCCAGCUAACUAUUGUUAGAUGGUCCUCAACACCUUCAGUGUCAGAUGAAGUGAGAAUUCAGUGGAAAGGAUUUUGUGCUCUUAUAGCAAAUGCGUAUUUUAUGAAGGGAAUGGCUUGGCUACCUGUAAAGACUCUUCAAUUAGAGCAGACGGCAGUGAUGGAUGAAGCUGAGAAACCAUCAGUUGUUGCUAGCCGAAUGCAAUUAGUCUUUAGCACACUUGAGGUAGUGAGUCCACAGUGGCCAAAAGUGUAG